AUGGAGGUGGGUGAGAUGGACGACGUGCAGGCGGUGGGAGAGCAGGUCAUCAGCAGCAGGGGCGGCUCCGUGCUCGGGAAGAAGACCAUCCUCAAGAGUGACCACUUCCCCGGCUGCCAGAACAAGCGCCUCACCCCGCACAUCGACGGCGCGCCCAAUUACCGGCAGGCAGGAUCACUGCGUGUUCACGGUGUUGCAAUGCCCACAAUGGAAGGAAUUGUGAAUGUGCUAAAUCAUAUUGGGGCACAAAAGAAGGGAAAGCAAACCCGAGUUCUAUGGCAUAGUCUUCGGGAGGAACCAGUUAUCUAUAUCAAUGGUCGCCCUUUUGUUCUACGAGAUGCCGAAAGACCCUUCUCAAACCUUGAAUAUACGGGAAUCAACCGGGAGAGAGUCGAGCAGAUGGAGUUUCGUUUGAAAGAAGAUAUUCUUCAGGAAGCUUCAAGAUAUGGGAAUAAGAUCCUAGUUACUGAUGAGCUGCCGAAUGGUCAGAUGGUGGACCAGUGGGAGUCAGUGAUGUCUGAUACAGUUAAGACUCCACUUGAGGUCUAUGAGGAGUUACAACACCAAGGAUACCUUGUUGAUUACGAGCGUGUUCCUAUAACUGAUGAAAAAGCUCCGAAGGAAGGGGAUUUUGAUAACCUGGUACAUCGAAUCUCUCAAGUUGAUAUGGAGACUGAAAUUGUAUUUAAUUGUCAAAUGGGGAGGGGACGGACUACUACCGGCAUGGUCAUAUCUACGUUGGUUUACCUAAAUCGGAUAGGAGCUUCAGGUAUCCCAAGGACAAGUUCAAUUGGGAAGGUUUUCUAUGCUGGAAAUGAUUUAGAUGACUACAGUCCUAGCUCAGAAGAAGCAAUUCUCAGAGGAGAAUAUGCUGUCAUUAGGAGCUUAGUCCGAGUUCUGGAGGGUGGUGUUGAAGGCAAAAGACAAGUGGACAAAGUUAUUGACAAAUGUGACUCUAUGCAGAACCUGAGAGAAGCUAUUGCGACCUACCGCAAUAGCACUCUUCGGCAACCUGAUGAGAUGAAACGGGAGGCAUCACUUUCCUUCUUUGUGGAGUACUUGGAACGUUAUUACUUCCUCAUAUGUUUUGCUGUCUAUGUACAUUCGGUGAGCUCUGCUCACCAAGCAACAUCUUCAGGAGUUAGUUUUUCUGAUUGGAUGAGAGCGAGACCUGAACUGUACAGCAUUCUUCGAAGGCUGCUGAGGAGAGAUCCAAUGGGCGCUCUUGGUUAUUCGAGCUCAAAACCUACUCUUCCAAAAAUUAUUGAAUCUGCUGAUGGGCGCCCACAUGAGAUGGAUGUUGUUGCUGCCAUGAGGAAUGGAGAAGUUCUUGGACGUCAAACUGUUUUAAAAAGUGAUCACUGUCCAGGGUGUCACAAUCUUAAUUUGCCUGAAAGAGUUGAGGGUGCACCUAAUUUCCGGGAAAUUCCGGGGUUUUCAGUCUAUGGUGUUGCAAAUCCUACUGUUGAUGGCAUUCGGGCUGUUAUUCAGCGAGUUAGUACAAGCAAGGGAAACCGGCCGAUACUCUGGCAUAAUAUGAGAGAAGAGCCCGUCAUUUAUAUACAUGGAAAGCCUUUUGUGCUACGAGAAGUAGAAAGACCGUACAAGAAUAUGCUUGAGUACACGGGGAUCGGUCGUGAUAGAGUUGAGCGUAUGGAAGCUCGGUUGAAGGAGGAUAUUUUACGAGAAGCAGAACGGUAUGAUGGGGCAAUAAUGGUUAUUCAUGAAACCGACAAUGGUGAGAUCUUUGAUGCAUGGGAAAAUGUCAAUAAUGAAGCUGUUCUGACUCCACUGGAGGUAUACAAAUGUUUGGACUCUGAAGGCCUUCCAAUCAAAUAUGCACGAGUGCCCAUUACUGAUGGUAAGGCCCCCAAAAGUUCAGAUUUUGAUACGGUAGCCUUUAAUGUCGCAGCUGCUUGCAAGGAUGCUGCUCUUGUAUUCAACUGCCAGAUGGGCAGGGGCAGAACAACUACUGGUACUGUGAUUGCUUGCCUGCUCAGACUUCGAAUCAAUAACGGCAGACCUAUUGGAAUGCCAGCCAUCCAAAAUAAUCAUGAAGACACAACUGAUGCCGAUUACUCAAGCGGAGAAGAAACAAUGGACCACAAUGGUCACUUGAAUUCAGAAUCAUGGAAACCUCACACUUUGACAGAGCUACACCCUAGAUUUGACAUUAAUGACAUCCUUCUGUUGCGAAAGAUUACAAGGCUAUUUGACAAUGGGAUUGAGUGUAGACAGAUUUUAGAUACUGUUAUUGACAAGUGUUCAGCUUUGCAGAACAUUCGCCAAGCUGUUUUGCAAUACACAAAGGUGAUUAAUCAACAAAAUAUGGAGCCAAGAGUUAGGAGAGUCGCAUUAAAUCGUGGUGCUGAAUAUUUGGAGAGGUACCUGAAAUUAAUUGCAUUCUCGGCAUACCUCGGGAGUGAAGCAUUUGAUGGUUUCUGCGGGCAAGGAGAAACAAAGAUCUCAUUUAAAAAUUGGCUGCAACAGCGUCCGGAGAUCCAAACCAUGAAAUGGAGCAUAAGACUGCGACCUGGGCGUUUUUUCACUGUACCUGAUGAGCAUAAAGCAACAUGUCAACCUUCCAUCGUGAAAGCCCGUAAUGGUUCUGUUCUGGGAAAGGGAUCCAUACUCAAAAUGUAUUUCUUUCCUGGGCAGAGAAGGUCAAGUAGCAUGAACUUCCGUGGUACACCACAUGUUAUCAAGGUGGAUGGAUACCCUGUGUAUAGCAUGGCAACGCCAACUGUUGAUGGAGCUAGAGAAGUUCUGUCAUACUUGGGCUGUAAGGAUGCAACUGGAAGAGACAUUAUUCAGAAGGUGGUCAUCACGGAUCUUAGGGAGGAAGUGGUAGUUUACAUCAAGGGAACACCGUUUGUUUUGAGAGAGUUAGAUCAACCUGUUGAUACACUGAAGCAUGUGGGAAUAAGUGGCCCAAUGGUAGAGAACAUAGAGGCAAGGCUGAAGGAGGAUAUACUUUCUGAAGUUAAACAGCUAGAAGGUCGGCUGCUUCUGCAUCAAGAAGAAUUUAACACAGCCACAAAUCAAUGCAGUGUACUAGGUUAUUGGGAGCACAUAGAUCUGGAGGACGUAAUGACACCGGCUGAAGUGUACAGCACAUUGAGGGAUCAGGGGUAUUGUAUUGACUACAAAAGGAUACCUCUGACCAGGGAAAGAGAAGCAUUAGCUGCUGAUGUUGAUUCAAUACAGUCAUCAAUCAAUGAAUCUUCUAGGUACUAUCUCUUUAUUUCACACACGGGAUAUGGUGGUGUUGCUUAUGCAAUGGCCAUUACAUGCCUGAGACUUGGUGCAGAUGCAAAGUUUGUCAUGGAACAAACAGCAGAAACACACUUCGUAUCAAGUUCUCUUACAAAAAGUGUAUCUGUGAAAACCUUCACUGACAUAGCCCUCAGGCAGGGAGACUACCGUGACAUACUAAACCUUACUAGAGCACUGAUACAUGGUCCUAAAAGCAAAGAAGAGGUUGACAAAGUUAUUGACAGAUGUGUUGGUGCUGGGGAUUUGCGGGAGGAUAUUUUGCAAUACAGGAAGGCAUUGCGAGAUUGUUCACAUGAUGAUGAUGAUGAGGCACGGUCAUAUCUCAUGGAUAUGGGGACUAAAGCUUUGAGGUUGUCGCUGCUGGUCAACUCUACCACGCCGGAUCUCGUUGCCCUGAAGGUCGCCGCCGCCCCGGUCAACUCUGCCACGCCGGAUCCUGUUGCCUGGAAGGUCACCACCGCCCCAGUCAACUCUCCCAUGCUAGAUCCCGCCGCACUGAAGGUCGCCGCUGCCCCAUUCAACUCUGCGUCGCCGGAUUUCGCUUGGAUCCCUCCCGAUUUUGCCCGUGUUGACUCGGCCGGGCCUCGUUCGGCUGGGCCAGGCCUUCUCGCUUGGGUCGCUGCUGGCUGCUUCCUAGUUUGGGAUGAAUCGAUUGCUUGGUGUUUAAAAAAAAGAUUAUAUAAAAAACCAGGCGUUACUUCUUUCUGA